AUGGACGAUACAUCAUUUGGCCCCCGCUUGCUGGGCCAUUUUGACUUUACCCUCCUCUUUGAACACACAAUAUUCCACAUUGGGCCGUCCGCCCUCAUACUCUUUGCAACACCCUUUUAUAUUCACCGACUAAUUCGCGGCCCCGUUCUCAUCCGUCCCGGCCGGCUUCUCCUCGGAAAGCUGGCGGCUGCCACGGCCCUCGUCGCCGUGCAGGUAGCAAACCUGGUCUUGUGGUGCUCGUCCGACCUCGACCACCUCGACCUGAAGCUGGGUCGUAUCGCAGCCGUCUUCUCCUUGCUCAGUGCGAUAUGUAUAACCAUCAUCACCACUUCGGGACACCUCAACUUCCUUGCCUCUUCCACGUUUCUUGGUCUAUUCCUGACUAUUACCCUCCCCGCUGACAUUGUGACUACCCUGACCUACCACAGUCGGCCGGGCCUUGUGCAGAUUGCACGACUUCAAAUUGCCGUUCCUGUUCUCAAGUUUGUCUUGAUGGGACUGGAAGAGGUCUCCAAGCGGUCCCUCAUUCAUGCCUCCAAUGUCCGCGCCUCGCUGGGCGGCGAGGGUCUGGCCGGCUUCUGGAACAAGUCGCUGCUCAUCUGGCUAAACCCCCUGCUGCUUUUCGGCUUCCGGCAUAAAAUCACGAGCAGCUCGCUCCCCGCUCUCGCCUCCCAGUUUGCAUCGGACAUGCUCUAUCGCGAGUUUGAGAGCAAGUGGGAGUCGCGCACGAGGAAAACUUCGAGAUUUGCCCUGGCAAUUGUUCUAUUUUUGGCCAUACCUUGGCCAUUCUUAUAUGUCUUGUUGCCCCGUCUGCUGGUGACGGGAUUUACCUUUUCUCAGCCUUUUCUGCUCCAGGAUAUUGUGAACGAGGUUUCGACGACAAAUCCAUCCGUCGACGUUGAACAUGGCCUAUUGAUUGCAACGGCAAUCAUCUACACUGGGCUGGCGGUCUCGCGGUCUUGGUAUGUCUACGUGAAAAACCAAGCCAGAAUCUGUGUGCGAGCAGUCCUGGCCUCGGCCAUCUACCACAAAUCGUUGAGACUCGAUGCAACUGAACUAAACAAGAAAGCGGCCGUCACAUUGAUCAAUACCGACUUGAAAGGUGUUGAUCAGCUGGUGGAGCUUGGUUAUGAAAGCACCGCCUACAUUCUCGAAAUCGGUCUUGGAAUAGCGAUGCUGUCGAGAUUUGUAGGGGCUGCCACCAUAUUCGCCCUCAUUCCUACCAUUCUCGCAACUGUUCUCAUCUUGUUCGUCGCCAAGAAAAUGCUCGCUACCCGUCGCAGAUGGAACGAGCACAUUGCGGCUCGCGUUGAGACAACGUCAAACAUGCUCGCCCAAUCCAAGGAUAUCAAGAUGAUGGGCCUUUCUCCAGCGUUUGCUAUGGAUCUUCAAGAGCGGUUUGAGGCCGAAACACGGGCCUCGAUGAAAGACCGCGACUACUUCACUGCCUCUCUGACUCUCUCCGCCUUUGGCGCCUCGGUGACUCCUGUGCUGGUUGUCGCGGGAGCUCUCUUUUGGAGUCGCUCAUCGGAGCCGAUGACGGCCUCGAGAUUCUUCACCACGCUGGCCUUUGUGCAGCUUGUUGCACAGCCGCUUGCCCUCUUCCUCGAAUACAUACCCUACUGGUCGACCGGGUUUGCCGCGCUGUGCCGCAUUCAAGAAUUCCUGGCAAUCCCCGAGAGGAAGGAUCCGCGAGGAUUCGUCCUUGACCCCAACUCCAGCAGCAGCAUCAGCAGCGAGAAGGGUAUAAAAAAGAGGCACGUACCCGGCACUCACCUCGCGGUAGAGAUGCUGUAUGUCUGCGUCACCUCGGACUUUGCAGGCCCUAUCUUGCGGGGAGUGUGCGCGGGGUUUCCGUUUGGCACCGUUGCCAUGAUAUUCGGGCCGGUUGGAUGCGGCAAGACGACCAUGCUGAGCAUUGUUCUGGGAGAGGCUCGGCUCAGUCACGGCGAGGUCAAGCUUGCGUGUGAUUCCCUUGCUUACUGCAGCCAAGUGCCCUGGAUCCAAAACAUCACGAUCCGGCUCAACAUCAUUGGCCAGAAGCCGUUUGACGCAGCAAAGUACGCUAGAGUCGUGUAUAUCUGUGCUUUGGAUGAAGACUUUGAGCGGAUGCCGGAUGGUGACCAGACCGUCGCGGGCACUGAUGGAUGUAAUCUGAGCGGAGGGCAAAAGUCGCGUAUUGCGCUGGCAAGAACGCUCUAUCUGGAAGCGGACAUUAUUCUACUGGAUGAUCCCUUCAGCUCACUCGACCGAGAGACGGCGUCAACAGUCCGUAUCAGGCUCUUUAGCGAGAGCGGCUUGACCGAGGACGGUCGCACGACAGUCAUCAUGACGACCAGCAACAAGGCACACCUUGUUGAUGCGGAUCUUCUAUUCCGAAUUGACACAAAUGGAGAGGUUGAGAGAGCUCCUCUGAGAACACGUGAACUCUCGCCAGAUUCAAUCAUGAGGCGCAUGGCUGUUCAAGAGGAGUCCAUGUCCAAGGCGUCGACCAACCAGGCUGUUGAUCUUCCUGCUGUCAAACCAAACGACGAUUCCCGCGACGCGAACGGCUAUGAUAUACGCGCUGGAGACUUCUCCCUCUACUCGUACUUCGUCGGCCCAGCCGGCACCCUGAAGAUCUUGUUCUGGUCGACUCUCCUGGUGCUGUCUGCCGUCGCGGAGCGGAUGCCGCAGAUCUUUGGGCGCGUUUGGAUGGAGACGGACCCGACCAACGACAAGUACUACGCGGGAUACGCCAUCUUCGGCGUCGUAAAUCCCAUCAUGCACGUCUUCUCCAUCGGCGGCUUCUACCACCUCGUCAACGCCAAGGCCGUCAACGCGCUGCACUGGGCGCUGGCGGACACGACCAGCCGCGCCACGCUCGAGUUUCUCUCCGAGGAAGAUGCCAGUUUCCUGCUCAACAGGUUCAGCGUCGACACUUCCAUGGCAACGCAGACGCUGCCGACGACCAUCAUCACCGUCGUCUGGUGCGGCCUCUCGGUGCUGAUUGACGUCGGCGUCAUCGCCUCGGGCGCCAGCUACGCGUCCCCCAUCAUCCCCGUCUUCCUCCUCGUCGUCUACCUCAUCCAGCGCUUCUAUCUGCGGACGUCCCGACAGCUGCGCGAGAUGGAGCUGGACGUGUCCAAGCUGCUGACCAGGCACCUCGUGGAGACGACGGCUGGGAUCGAGCACAUCCGCGCGUUUCGCUGGCAGGACGCCUUGACGCACGAGUUCCACGAGAUCCUCGACCUCACGCAAAAGCCCUUCUACUUCCUGAUAUCUAUCAACCAGUGGCUACGGUCCGUCAUGGACCUCAGCACGGCCGCGUGCGCAGUGUCCAUCGUCGGCCUGGCGCUCAAGUUCCACAACACGGCCUCGCCCGCGUCCAUGGGCCUGUCGCUUCUCAGUCUCCUCUACUUUAGCGAGAUUGCCGCCAUCUUUGUGCGGUACUACGUCAACAUGGAGAUGGCCUUUGGCGCCGUUGCUCGCAUCAGGGCCUUUAUGAGGAACACUCCCAAGGAGGCCCAGCGAGACUGCGCGCCGGUGCCGGACGACUGGCCGCCUGCGGGCAAGCUGGAUUUCAGCUGCGUGGGUGUAGCCUACAAGCCGGAUACGGAGAAACCGCACAAGGUGUUUAGAAACGUCUCCGUCACGGUGCAGCCCGGACAGACCAUUGGCAUCAUUGGUAGAACCGGAAGCGGAAAAUCAACGCUUCUCCUUGCACUUCUGCAUCUAAUCGAAUACUCGGGGACCAUCCACAUCGACAACCGCGAAGUCAAGACGGUGCCCCGGGAGCUCCUCCGCUCGCGCAUCACCACCAUCACGCAAGGCGGCCUCGAGAUCACCGGCUCCGUCCGCCUCAACAUGGAUCCCUUCCGCCUGCACGCCUCCUCCUCCUCCUCCUCCCACGCCGUCGCCACAACUACCGCCACCGACGACGCCGGCCUCGCCGACAUCCUGCGGCUGGUCGGCCUGUGGGCGGCCGUCGAGGAGGCUGGCGGUCUCGACGCCGCCGUCUCCCGGCUACGGCUGUCGCGCGGCCAGCGGCAGCUGCUACAGGUGGCGCGCGCGGUCCUGCACCGGCGUGUGACCGGCUCGCGAGUGCUGCUGGUGGACGAGGCGACAUCGAGCAUGGACGCCGAGGCCGAGGCGCUCGUCGCGCAGGUCAUCGCGGCCGAGUUCGCGGGCUGCACAAAGGUAGUGGUCGGUCACCGGAGGGCGCUGCUGUCACGGGCCGACGUCAUCCUGCGGCUCAACAACGCGGCGGAUCCGGUGGUGACCAGGUUCGAGGCCGGCGGGAGCGAGGCUGAUCGAGAACGAUUGUGGGUGCAUCUGAGCUAG